UUGGUAUUAGACCUCUUUCUCUAUUUAGACGGUCGGAACGGCGAUAGCCCUGAAGAUACAGUGGUGGAAGCUCGAAGGGAAGCUGAAAGAAGCGUUCCAAAUAAUACGAAUCUGAACGAGUACGGACAAAGCGACACGACCGACGUGGACGUGUCGAACUUCGUUGAACACCUGGCAGCUUGGAAACUGAACCGCAGAGGAAUCGAAGGCGAGACGCUCGUUCACUUGCUGUUGAACAGUAACGACCCGAAAAGUCGCGUCAUAGCCAAGAUACUGAUCCGCGAGUACCGUAAUCUGGCGCUGGACAUCUACGAAGGCGAGAAGAUGUUCGGUAAUAGCGCCCUUCACCUGGCGAUAGUGUACGACGACUACGAGUGCGUUUCGUUGCUGCUCGAGUCGGGGGCCAUGCCGACGCAGAGGGCGAAGGGUCGCUUCUUCGCCCCGCUUGACGCCAAAAACAACCAGUCGGAGACCUACGAAGGACUGGCUUAUUACGGCGAAUACCCUUUAGCGUUUGCUGCGAGUUUUGGCAACAAGGACAUCUAUGACCUGCUGCUGCAGUAUGGAGCUGACCCAAACGCCCAAGACUCGUUUGGAAACACAGUUCUUCACCUCUGCGUCAUCAACAACAGCAUUGUAAGUAAUCUGCGAAUUAUCGACUUCAAUACUUCCAAUUGGAUGAAACCUAAAACUGAACAUAAAAUAUAUAAUAAAUUAUAGGC